AUGUCCAACAUUCACGCUUCCAAUCACCCUUUAGUCGCUCAUAAGAUAUCUAUUCUUCGCAAUAAAAAUAUUAAACCAAAACAAGUAAGAGAACUUAUGCAUGAAAUUGGUCAACUUCUUGCGUACGAAGCUACUGCCGACUUACCUGUUAAAUCUGCAGAACCUCAACAAAGUCCCCUGAGUACAUAUCCGGUAGUUCAAUUGGCACAUAGAAUAGGACUUGUGCCUAUAUUGAGAUCUGGUCUUAGUUUUGUCAAUGCCGUGCAAGAAUUGCUUCCAACCGCUAGGGUUUUACAUCUUGGAAUUUUCAGAGAAAAGUUAUCACUUCAACCAGUAGAAUAUUAUAACAAAUUACCCUCAGAACCCAAUGUUGAUCAAGUUAUAGUCUUAGAACCAAUGAUUGCCACAGGAGGAACCGCUACCGCUGCAGUCAGCAUUCUAAAAGAUUGGGGAAUAACAUCAACGAUUAAAUUCAUUACGGCAGUAGCUUCUCGUCAGGGUCUCGAUAAACUUCAUAAAAAGCAUCCAGACGUAGAAGUUUUCGUGGGUGUAAUCGAUGAAAUUUUGGAUAGUAAUGGUUAUAUUGUGCCUGGAUUAGGUGAUGCCGGUGAUAGGUUACAUGACACGCCAAGUGCAUAA